AUGCAGAGAAAAUCAAUUUUCCAGUUCUAUUGUUUUCUCUUCUUCCUUGGGUUAGCAUCUGCUGCCCAACGAGACACUUCUGUCACACCUUUCAAGAAGUUCUUUGUACGCAUUGUUAACAAUCUGGACGCUAAGAAGCUGGACUUCGAAUGCAAAUCACAAGAAGAUGUUAUUGCGCGUAGCCUUGCUGCUCGUGGGGAUGAGUUUGAAUUUGGAUUUCGUCUCGACAUCCAAUUAAGCACAUAUUAUUUCUGCGAUUUAUGGUACUUGAAUUACCAUGUUGGUUUUCAUGCAUUUCAAGUUGAUGAACAACUUUUGGACCUCUGUGGUGGAGUUCAUUGCAUAUGGCAAGCGCAAGAGGAUGGGAUCUACUUGUAUAACAUCCAGCGGGGUAAUUGGUUAAGGAAGUAUUCUUGGGAGAAAAUGGGAAAAUGA